CGAGGCGACAGAAGGAAAAAAAACAGCUGGAUCCCAGGAUUCGUGCUAGCGGCUCCGCUAGCCGUAUCAUCCCCUCAGACCAGCUGCUUCUCCUCGGCCGCCUGACUUCGAUAAGCUGGUUGUGAGGCGGAUGAUGUGGUGUGAAGAUGGAGGCUCCUGAAUACCUGGACCUGGAUGAGAUCGACUUCUCUGAUGAUUCAGUGUAUUCUGUGACGUCUCUGAAGAGCAUCCCAGAGCUGUCCAGGAGGAGCGAUGGUCAGGCCGAGGAGAGACCAGCUCCAGCCAUCAACUGGAGUCGUGGCGUUUCCUCCCACAGUGGAGGGGGAAUCAAACCCACAGGGCUCGCUGAGGUCCACAGUAAGUUCCGGCCAGUGAAGAGGGUGUCCCCCCUCAAACACCAACCAGAGACAACCGACUCCGACUCUGAUGGGAAGGUACAGGGUCAGGGACUGGGCCUAGGGGAGCUGGGGGAGGGCAGUAAAGAUGACCCCAGCUCUGACAAGCAGGCUCACGCCUCCACCUCCUCUGACGGGGCUGGAGGGAAGGUGAAAGGCCUGGGUGGUGUUGUUGGGGGUAACAACCCUCAAGCCCUGUUUGGGGAGCUGGAGCACUAUGAUCUGGACAUGGACGAGAUCCUGGACGUGCCUUAUAUCAAGUCCAGUCAGCAGAUGUCCACUCUGCCACGCGUCCCGCAUGACAAGCGCUCGGUGACAGGGACUAACCUGGGUGGGGGCACCCUGGAGCGGAACCGUGGGGGAGGAGGGUUGAAGGGCUCCGCUUUAUCCCACAAUGAGCCUCUGAGCCUGGGAAGCAGCAGCUCGCAGACUCAGUACUGUGUUCUGUCACCGGUGAAGUGGUCGGACCUGAGGAAGUCCAAGUCGAUGGAUCCAGACCUCCACCACCUGCACCGCUCCCCAGCUGGAGGAGGUUACCAGCCGGAGCUGCUCUCCUCCGGACUCCUCAGCUGCUCGUCCUCCCUCUCUUCUUUCUCUGAUGCAGACAAGCUGCUGUCUGCACGGGUGUACCCAGACUCCCAGACCCAGAGGCCGGGUGUGGAGCCUCCAGGGGGCCCGGGCCUGAUGUUCCCUCUGCCAGGGUGCAGCGUGGGCAGGCAGGAUGGCUCCAAGGCCUGGGCUACUGGACCAGGAGGAGGAGGAGGCGCAGGAGGAGGUGGUGGGCCAAGGGCGUUUGGAGGAGGUGGAGGAGCAGGGGCGGAGUUGGAUGAGGAGACCAAGAAGAACCAGAACAUCAUUAACAUCGUCAGAGAGGGACAGAUCUCACUGCUGCCUCACCUGGCAGCUGAUAACCUGGAGCUGAUCAGAGACGAGGACAGGAACAACCUGCUGCACAUCUCGGCCUCUCAGGGUCACGCUGACUGUCUGCAGCAUCUCACCUCUCUGAUGGGAGAGGACGGCCUCAACGAACGCAACAACCAGCAGCUCACCCCUGCAGGCCUGGGGGUCAAGAACGGACAUCUAGAGUGUGUCAGGUGGAUGGUGAGUGAAACCGAGGCCAUCGCAGAGCUGAGCUGCACCAGAGAACAUCCCAGUCUGAUCCACUAUGCCGCUCGCUACGGACAGGAGAAGGUCUUGCUGUGGUUGCUUCAGUUCAUGCAGGAACAGGCGAUCUCUCUGGACGAAGUCGACCAGAACGGAAACACUGCCGUCCAUGUAGCAGCUCAGUACGGACACCUCACCUGUAUACAGACUCUGGUGGAGUACGGCUCUAACGUGACGGUCCAGAACCAGCAGGGGGAGCGGCCUUCCCAGAGUGCCGAGCGGCAGGGACAUACCACCUGCGCUCGAUACUUGGUUGUCGUGGAAACCUGCAUGUCGCUGGCCUCGCAGGUUGUUAAACUCACCAAGCAACUCAAUGAGCAGGCAACAGAGAGGCUGGCUCUACAGAAACAGCUGCAGAGACUGAUGGACCCCAACAAGACAGAGGGCACGCCUUCCCGAUCACCCAGCUCCCAUCAGCCCUCAGCGGAGGCGUGGCCAGAAAUGAUGCUGACAGCAGAGGGGACUCCGGGAGACGGUCAUUGGUUGGUUCGUCAGGGAGGGGUGGGUCAAGACUCUGUGCUCAGACAGCUGCUGGGGAAGGACAUGUCAGACACACUGUGUCCCAGAGAGAGGCUGCCUCCGUCAGGGGCCCUGAGCAGAGAGGGCCCCUGUGGCCCUGGGGCCCCUGGCGGCCGCAGGACGGGGCUAGUGGAGAGGAGAGAGCUCAAAUUAGCGAGACUCAAACAGAUCAUGCAGCGCUCUCUCAGUGAGUCAGAUUCAGAUGGUUAUCCACCAGAGGAAGGUAAAAAUCAAGGAGCCCCGCCCUCAAACACUCUGCGACCUGAUAGGCCGUCCCACCUGCCAAUUGCAGAGGAGGAGCCAGUAUCAAACCACCUUCAUUUGAUGAUGAGAAAGCACCUCCCCACUUCCUCCUCCUCCUCAGCUGAGAGGAAGCAGGCAUUUUCUCUCAGUGGGUCAAAGUCUGUCGACAGCAUCGGUUACAACCCCUCCCCCACAUCCAGUGACCCCGAGGCCGCAGACGCCAAAACACCAGACACAUCUGCCGACCUCCACGAUGCCGCCAAUGGCCAGAAGGUUGCCACCAGCCCUAAGAGUGCUCUGAAGUCUCCCUCGUCUCGCAGGAAGACGUCCCAGAACCUCAAACUGAGGGUCACCUUCGAUGAGCAGGUCCACAAGAGCUCCAAUCAGGAGGCAGAGCCAACCAAAGGGCAUCAUGGGAAGGAGAGGACUCCAACAGGAAGCUCUGAAAGCAAGCGGCCCUUUGGGACGUUCCGCUCCAUCAUGGAGACGCUGAGUGGAAACACAAAUCACAACAACAACAACAACAGCAGCAGUGGUGGUCAGUCAAGCUCUGCUGUCAAACUGCACACCUGUCAGAACUCACCUGGCAGGAAGUCAGAGAGUAAGAGCAGCCCAGGAGGAGCCAAGGGUAAGAGCAAAACCAGUAACGUUUAACCAACCAGUGCCUACUGAAGGGCAGAGAGCAGAGAAUGAACACAUCACGAUCAAGAGCAAAAAGCAAGAGGCAGCGAACAUGAGAGAUUUAUAGCAACUAACCCCACUUUCCCUGUUUAUGUGUUUAAAAUGGCUCCCUUUGCUCUCAGCGUCAUACAUCAUACGAAACCAAGUCUCACACAGGACGCAUAUUCAGGUGAAAACUUUAUUUUAUGUUAUGUAAAGGGUUUUGCCAUAAAAGACGUCCUCGGACACAGAGUAUGAUGAACACAUGUUCUAAGAUCAUACCAGCGGUGAAUACCUGAGUGAAUACCUGACCUGGGCCGUCAGCUGCAUCUUAAUAGGUGGGUUUCACGUGACGUCACGACACCGCGGCGCGAGGGCGCCAAAUUCAGAUGGCGGGCCGGAAGUGUUUCAGCCGUUUCAGUGUUUAGCUGACUGACACACCGAGAAUCUACCGUGUGGAAAAAUGCCUAUGUUUUGUGUAGUUUACCGGCGCUCAGAUCGUUCCAAUAGAGAAAAAGGAAAAAGCUAUUAUAGGGUACCAAGAGUAGUCACCCACAAAGGUGAGGAAUAUAAAAAAAACUUACAGAACAACGCCGUUAAAGGUGGAUCUUAAACCUCCGUCUGCGGUCGGAGGAGCGGUCUGCUAACGCCGUGUCUGCAGCGACCACUUCGUCAAAGGUAUGUUAGCUAGCUAACUUGUUUUUGUGGCUGUGUUUAUAUCAUUAGCUUGUAGCUUAACGCUCAUUUACAUACAUACGUGUUAUUAAGUUGCCGGUAGUCUGAUAUGGACUUCACUGGGACUUUUCAGGCUGCCCUGGCGUUUUACGGGACGUUGGCUCAGUAGUCCAAAUGCCGUUUCCCCGUCAUGUCAUACAUUAAUAUUUCUAUGUGACAAAUAAACCCCCUGUGUCCCUGUAAGAUGUGCUUGUUGACAUUAUAGCCGCUAUUGCUAGCUGCUAGCUACACAUAACCAGUAUAAGAAUAAACACCCUGGCGAAGACCAAACGAUAAUCCGUCUUUGGUAACAAGUUUGUGGACCCACCCGCUCACAGAAAAGUCAUUUAUUUGUCGGCUUUCGUUUGCAGUUCCGUAUAAUAAGAGGUCUGAAGUAGGAGAUAAUCGGUGAUCUCAACAGCCGCGAUUGUCGGCAAAUCUUUAACGUCCGUUGAAAACUCGCUCCUCUUCACGAGGUGCGGGUCACGUCCAACAUGUUGUUUGAUUAACUGUGUGUAUCUCCGCCUCGACACGGGAUCUAAACCCGUACAUUACGGACUCUGUUAAUAUUUCCUCCAUUGGCUUUGACGUGUAACUUACUUCCUGUUCUCCAUGUGUCGCAAAUCGCUCCGCCCACGUGCGUCGUGAUGAUCACGUGACUGAAACCCAGCUAUUUCCCAGAGAUUUUUAUUUUUCCCAGUGCUGACAGUGUUGGUGCUUUUACACCUCUGCAGCUCAGAAUAACGCGGGGAGACUGUGAUGGUUAUAGGGAUAUCUGUUCCAUCUCCGAUCACAUACUUCAUUCAUGCUUCAGGUGAUGUUUCUCGUAAUUAACAACAGAGCCGUUUGAUAACCAGCUUCGUGAUGCAGGUUAUCCACGAUGGCCAGUGUUAGAAUCACUGAAGCCAAAUCACCCCAAGACAGCAAGACUAAACUGGUCUCGCUUUGUGAUACAGGUCCAUGGAGGAAUUAUUCCAUACGCCUGUAAAUAAAGGGAGAGGAAACAAAUUAUUGUGAAAUUAUUUUAUCAAACUAUCAUUCCUAUGGUCAGGUAUCACCUUUCACUCCAGAAUUAAAUGGUUUAGUCAGUGACUGGUUUAAGUGAAUCUCACUUCUUUUCUUCUGUUUGUCGUACGUAUGUCUUUUAACCGGUUUAGCAUAAAGUUUCUCAUGUUCUUUGCCUCAGACGUUUGACUCUUGACAGUUUUUAGACAGUUUAAGGACUGAAAGACCAAACGUGAAACUGUCUCAGCUCUGAGUCGUUUAUUUUGCUUAAACAUAUUCGAUGCUGUUAUUCAGAGACAGAAAGUGAAUGAGAGGAACCUGUGUGUUUAACAAGGAUUUGUUUUUAUCCACAGACUGAAUUAAGUUUGUUUGUGUAUUAAUCUGUGUCCUGCAGAAACCUCACAUCUCCAUGAUACAGUUUAUUCUGAAUUUUUAGCUUUUUCACAUGUUUGAUUUUGUCUCUGAUCACAAAACACUCCCAGAGUUCAGUGGCUCAUUAAACCCAGCCGAACCGAAUCUUUCUGUCUGGAGAUGGAAGGCUGCUGUUUCUCUGCCACUCUGUUACUGUACUCUGAACUACACUACAGAUGAAUUAUUAGUAUUUAUGUUUAUGCACACAAUUAUAUGAUUUGAAACUUUUAAAAAUGUGGUUAUAAUCCUGCACGUGGUUAACGUGCACCAGCACAACAGAUAGUUUUAAAACCACUGUAUAUAAACUGUAGUAGUAUUUAAUGUUUUUGUUUUUUACAUUAUAUUCCACACAUUCAGUUUUUUUUUUUUAAUUUCCAGUGUUAUUAUCUAUGCAGUAUUUUUGGCAUGAAGUAGACGUUAGAUGUGUGAUGUGUCUGAGACGGGGAGGUUAAAGGAUGCACCUUCUACAGCAGCCGACAAACAGGCUGAUGAUAUGAACGUUCAGUGAGAGGAGCUGAAACUAGAGGACUGAGGCUGUAAUCUGAUGCUGUUUUCAGGUGUCUGAGUUUCAGUGCGGCCGUUUGUGGAACUUGGUUCAGGCACUGAAAUAUAACGACACCACAUCUGUGUGUGUCAGAGCCAUGAAUGGUGUCACUGAGGGGGACAGUGAAACGUUGUCAGGCUGUCUCCACCGUACAGGUAAAAACUAAAUUCAUGAGUAAAUUACUGAGAUGCCUGUGCUCCCUUAUAAUGAAGCAGUGUAAUUUUCUGUACCUCUGAUGGUGAAUGCAGCCGUUGAAGCCUCACUAGCAGCCCCAAGAGGCUGCAGUGCUCAUAACACCUCACAGUCCACCAGAGCUGAGCAGGACAGACCUGUUUUAUUUGUAUAAACACUCGUAACAUUUUAGGAAAUGUGGCGUCUUGUAGAGUUUGACCGAGCGUCAUUGUGUUCCUAUAGGUCUCCUCACUUCAGUUUCAUCGUGUGUGUGUGUGUAUAUGUGUGUGUGUAUAUGUGUGUGUGUGUGUGUGUGUGUGUGUGUGUGUGUGUGUGUGUGUGUGAGAAGUGAAAACACAGAUUACAGCCUCAGCUCUGGGGUUUGGAGCUUUGGGAGGAACUGGAUCGUGGCUGUCGUGUUUCUGAGGCUUGUUUACAUUAAGACAAAUACUGAUACUGGUCUGAUGCAGAAUAUUUCUGAUCCAGUCUUGUCAUGCUUGGACGUCAGUCUGUAGAGUCUUUCUUUUGUGUUCCUGACUGUGGUGAGUUCACAGAUGUGUCGUCUGGAUCAGUGAGAUCCUGCUGUGCGGUUUUCUCACGCCUGGUUUACAGCGACCUGUUUCCACUUUACCUGCUCCAGGUUAACACGCUCUUUGGCUGCUGUGGUUCUUGAGUGUGCAGGUGAUGGUGGUGAUGUUUCUGAGCCAGUGGAGCUCGGGAGGAUUUACCUGCAUCAUGAUUUGUUAAAGGAACAGUCCAGCAUUUUAGUGCCUUCCCCAGAGUCUGAGGAGAAGAUGAAUGACACUUUCAAAUUUGUUUGUCGAGUACGGAUAUGCACGUUGGCCAAAAUUAUAUGGACGCCUGAAUAAUUUGACAUAUUUAUGUUGGCUGAACAUAUGAUCCUGCCACCGUGUUUGUUAACGUGCCGCACAUGGACAUUUGAGGGAUUUCACCCGAUCAUUGGUCCAGUUUAAUAAUGUUGUACAUCUUUGUAGUCUGGAUUGAGACUGUGCUGUGACAGAAAUAAAACAGAUGAGACUGCCCACGUCUUCCAGCCUUUACAGAAGGUGAUGAUUCCCUCCUCUGUCUUUGUCAGGAUGUUUCAGUAGAAGUUUGGCCUGAACAGAAACGGUGGUCAAAGCUCGCAGCGUGUGAGUUAAUGCAUCGUAAAUUAUUAAUAAAACUAUAGUGUCACAGGACACAGGACACAAAAGUAUUGAAACCAAGUUGUCCUCAUACUUUUGGCCACUUACUGCAGCUCUAUACUGGAUGCCCAGAGCUGAAGCUGAUGUCAGUCCUCUCAUCUAAAUGCAAACAAGUGUAUUUCCCAAAAUGUUCCUUUAGUUCCUGGUACUGAAAGAAUUCAUCUGAGCUGAGUGAGAAAUCAAAGUUUACUCUUCACUGUUGUUUUGUAAGUCUUCCAUUUUCACUUCGCUCCCAGCUGAUGUGAGGGACUGGUACCAGGUGGUACCAACGUAAAUUCCAGUGAUUCCAGAAAGCACUUUGGAAAAUGUGUAAUGACUUUUUUCACUCUGUAGGAAAAGCAUGGAAAGUUUCUGACCUGUAAAAAAAUGUUCGGGAGGUUUUUCACAUGCAGUUGGAAAAAAAGUUUAUCUUCUUCAUUCUCUCAAAUUAUGGUUCACUGUCAAACAAUCAGUGUCGUGCGUGUGUGUGUGUGUGUGUGUGUGUGUGUGUGUGUGUGUGUGUGUGUGUGUGUGUGUGUGUGUGUGUGUGUGUGUGUGUGUAUGUGUGUGUGUGUGAGUCUUCAUCGUAACGGCACCUUCAGACCGAGGGAAGGAGCUCGAUGCCUUUAACGUGGUGUCGUUUCACCGACGAGACAAACUGAACGGUUGUGUUUUUAAUGAACUGUUCACACGGACAGUGUUGCUGCAUCGACUCAGAUGUUUACUCAAUGCAAAAACAAAUAAAUAAAUGAAAUGAGACGCAGUGUCAGUGAAUGUUGGAGAGACUGUCUGAGCCGAGUCACAGAGACAGACGGCUGCUUUUCUGUCCUGUAAUUCAAACUGAAGACAAACUGAAUAAACUGCUUCCUUCCUCCUGGACCUGCAGA